AUGUUUGUGAUGUGGAUAAUUCUGAAGCUUUGCCUCACAGUUUCUCAGAGCGGUUCUAUGGCCGAGCGAAAGGAAAUAUCCACGCAAGGAAUCAUAGAAACUGUUGCAAGACAUCUCAAAGCUGGGACCGUUACAACUGUACGGUCGAUUCUUGCCCAUGUCACCUAUACUAUACGGACUACUACCGCAGAUCGACGAGAUGUUGCGAUCCCUAUUAUGGACAUCCAUCAUCAUUCUACUGUCACAUGCCUUUGCAUUUGA